UGUGAAGGUUGUGUGAGUGUAGUGUGAAGGUUGUGUGAGUAUAGUGUGAAUAAGUAAGUUAAGAAGUUUUAAAUCAGAAGGUCUAAUGAAUAGCUCAGUGUGGGCGUGGCCUCAGUGAGCCCCCCCCCUUCACCUCCCCCCAUACUGUGUGGUGGAAUCGGAACGUGGUGAAUUCCACUAUUACUUCCCUCUGGCUGUACACACAGGAAACAUGCUCCCCCUGGUGGCCGUGUUUCUUCUCCUGGUGUCCACCGACGCCGCCACGGUCAACGGUCACACCUUCGAGUAUGAAGACCCUGAUACGGGCGACUUGCUGUUCUGUGGACUCUGCCCUCCGGGGACGUACGUGUCCUCACCGUGCACACGCACCUUCGGCACCGUGUGUCUGCCGUGUCCUGAGGAAUACUUCACAGAGUUCUGGAACUUUCUGCCCAAGUGCCUGUACUGCUCCAACAUCUGCGAGGGAACUCGGAAAGUUAAACAGCAGUGCUCGGCCACGCACAACCGAGUGUGCGAGUGUAAAGAAGGACACUACUGGCGGGAUGACUUCUGCGUCCCGCACGCACAGUGUCCUCCUGGAAUGGGCGCCAAAAUAAUCGGUAACACUCAGAGGGACACACGAUGCGAGAGGUGUCCCAGGGGUACGUUUUCGGCAGAGACGUCCUCCAGCGCUCGGUGUAUAAAGCACACGGACUGCGGGACGCUCGACGUCCUUCUUCCAGGCUGCUCGUGGCGCGACAGCAUCUGCUCAUCGUGUGCUAAUCUUACCAAUGGAGUCUCAGGGGGAUUCGACGUGCUCCGGGACGUCGUGUUGGGAUUUUUCACCCACCAUAAUGUCAACAUGAGCAAACUGAAGAAAUUUGUCCAUUUGCUCGGUGAAAAUGACGGCAGACUUCGGCUGCGACCCCCGAAGACGAGAGCGCUGCUGCUCCGCUACGUCACCGAGUGGACCGAAAACGCUCCCGAACACCAGCUGAAGGCUUUACCCAAGACGCUUCAGAGAUCAGGUCUCCGGAGAACUGCUGAAAAAGUCCGGGCCAUGGUGACGAGGAUAGAGGAGCGGGUGUCCGUGUGUCCAAAUAUAUAGGACUUAGUAAAAAGAUUUAAGGAAUAAAGUCUUAUGUCACGUACAA